CCCUGUUACUGGUGGAAAAUGGCGGCUCGGUGUGGUUCUCGGCACAAAUUGUAAAAACAAAAAGGCAGGAAAAAACUGGAGUCAUACAAGGAAAUACAACAGCGUACUACACAUCAACGAAAAAAGUUUUGUCUAACUUGUGAUAAUGUCUCGCUGGGUCCCCACGAAAAAGGAAAAGUACGGUGUCGCGAUCUAUAACUAUGAUGCCCGAGGAGACGAAGAGCUGUCCUUACAAAUUGGAGACACAAUGCACAUACUGGAGACCUAUGAAGGCUGGUACAGAGGACACAUAUUUAGAAGAAAGUCAAAAAAGGGUAUAUUUCCUGCAUGUUACAUUCACCUGAAGGAGGCAACAGUUGAAGGCAAUGGGCAAAAAGAGACUGUCAUCCCGAACGAGCUCCCCCUGGUCCAGGAGGUAACCACUACCCUCCGCGAAUGGGCCUCCAUUUGGAGAGACCUUUAUGUGGGGGACAAGCGGGAGAUGUUCAACUCCGUCCGCGACAUGAUAUAUGACCUCAUCGAGUGGCGGUCUCAAAUCCUGUCUGGCACCCUCCCGCAGGACGAGCUCACUGAACUCAAACAGAGAGUCACCUCUAAAAUAGACUACGGUAACAAGUACCUGGAUCUGGACCUAGUGGUCAGAGACCAGGAUGGGAACAUUCUGGACCCAGACCAGACCAGCACCGUCAGUCUCUUCCGAGCCCACGAAGCUGCUUCCAAACAGAUUGAAGACCGAAUCCAGGAGGAAAAGUCCCAGAAGCAAAAUAUUGAUCUGACCAGGCAAGCCAAGUUUGCCUCCACCCCGUCCUUCGCCCUGUUCGUCACCCUAAAGAACGUGGUUUGUAAAAUCGGGGAGGACGCAGAGGUUCUCAUGUCCCUCUACGACCCCGUGGUGUCCAAGUUCAUCAGUGAAAAUUAUCUGGUGCGGUGGUCCAGUUCAGGGUUGGUGAAAGAUAUAGAUCAACUCCACAACCUGCGAUCAGUUUUCACCGACCUUGGAAGCGAGGACCUGAAGAGGGAGAAAAUCAGCUUUGUGUGUCAGAUUGUGAGGGUGGGACGCAUGGAGCUGCGUGACAACAACGCCAAAAAGCUCACCUCAGGACUCCGCAGGCCGUUCGGAGUAGCGGUAAUGGAUGUCACUGACAUCAUCACCGGCAAAAUGGACGAUGAGGACAAACAACACUUCAUUCCGUUCCAGCCGGUGGCAGGGGAGAGCGACUUCCUACAGACAGUUAUCAACAAAGUCAUCGCCGCAAAAGAAGUCAAUCACAAGGGCCAAGGCUUGUGGGUGACCUUAAAGCUUCUUCCUGGAGACAUCCACCAGAUCAGGAAAGACUUCCCUCAUCUCGUGGACCGCUCCACAGCUGUGGCCAGGAAAAUGGGCUUUCCUGAAAUCAUCAUGCCAGGUGAUGUCCGCAAUGACAUCUACGUGACUCUGGUUCAGGGGGAGUUUGACAAAGGAAGCAAGACCACCCCAAAAAACGUGGAAGUGACCAUGUCUGUCUAUGAUGAGGAUGGGAAGAAACUGGAGAGUGUGAUAUUCCCUGGUGCUGGGGACGAAGGAAUCUUAGAGUACAAAUCUGUGAUCUACUAUCAGGUGAAGCAGCCACGCUGGUUUGAGACGGUCAAGGUCGCCAUCCCCAUCGAAGACGUGAAUCGCAGCCACCUACGUUUCACCUUCCGCCACAGGUCAUCUCAGGACUCCAAAGACAAAGCGGAGAAAAUAUUCGCCCUGUCGUUCGUGAAGCUGAUGAGGUACGACGGGACGACGCUGAGGGACCGGGAGCACGAUCUCCUCGUUUACAAGGCAGAACCAAGGAAACUAGAUGACUCUUCCCACUACCUGAACCUGUCGGCUACUAAGCUGGAGCUGGAGGAGAAGGGCUACUCCAUCACGGGCAAGAGCACGCUGAACCUGGCCAGCUGCACCAUCAGCAAGGACUCCUUCCAGAUCUCCACCCUCGUGUGCUCCACCAAGCUCACGCAGAACGUGGACCUGCUCGGGCUGCUGAAAUGGCGCUCCAACACCAGCCUGUUGCAGCAGAACCUCAGGCAGCUGAUGAAUGUGGAUGGCGGUGAGGUGGUGAAGUUUCUACAAGAUACCCUGGACGCACUCUUUAACAUCAUGAUGGAGAACUCUGACAGCGACACGUUCGACACACUUGUGUUUGACGCUCUGGUGUACAUAAUUGGACUCAUCGCCGACAGGAAGUUUCAGCACUUCAAUCCCGUCCUUGAAACCUACAUUCGGAAGCAUUUCAGCGCCACCUUGGCUUACAUGAAGCUGACAAAAGUGCUCAAGAACUAUGUGGAAAAUGCAGAGAAGCUGACUGAUUCACUCUUGAAAGCCAUGAAAGCUCUGGAGUACAUAUUUAAGUUCAUCGUCCGGUCUAGGGUGCUCUUCAACCAGCUGUACGAGAACAAGGGAGAGGCCGAAUUUGUGGAAUCCCUGAGGAACCUCUUUACCUCCUUCAACGACAUGAUGAACGGCCACUCAGACAACACCACCGGGGUGAAGGGUGCAGCGCUGAAAUACGUCCCCACUAUCGUCAAUGAUGUCAAACUGGUCUUCGAACCAAAGGAGCUCAGUAAACUCUUCACGGAAUUCAUCCUCAAAGUUCCGCUGGGGCGCCUGGUGAAACAGAAGCUGAGCUGCAUGAUCGACAUCGUUCACAGUGACCUCUUCACCCAGCACGACUGCCGAGAGAUCCUGCUGCCUCUGAUGACCGAUCAGCUCAAGUUUCACCUGGAGAAGCAGGAGGAGCUGGAAGCCUGCUGCCAGCUACUCAGCGACAUCCUGGAAGUGCUGUACAGGAAGGAUGUGGGCCCCACGCAGUGGCAUGUCCAGAUCAUCAUGGAGAAGCUCCUGAGGACAGUGAACCGCACAGUCAUAUCCAUGGGCCGAGACUCCAAGCUCAUAGGCAGCUUUGUCGCCAGCAUGACAGCCACCCUGAGACAAAUGGAGGAGUACCACUACUCUCACUUGAUCAACACCUUCGGCAAGAUGAGAUCGGACGUUGUGGAUUUCCUGAUGGAAACAUUUAUCAUGUUCAAGGACCUCAUCGGGAAGAACGUCUACCCCGCCGACUGGGUCAUAAUGAACAUGAUGCAGAAUAAAGUCUUUUUGCGGGCGAUUAAUCAGUAUGCUGCUGUGCUGAACAAGAAGUUCCUCGAUCAAACCAACUUUGAACUUCAACUGUGGAACAACUACUUCCACCUCGCCGUGGCCUUCCUCACCCAGGAAUCCCUCCAGCUGGAGAACUUCUCCAGCGACAAACGUGCCAAGAUCUUCCACAAGUACCAGGAUAUGAGGCGACAGAUUGGGUUUGAAAUCCGAGACAUGUGGUACAAUUUAGGUCCUCACAAGAUCAAGUUCAUCCACGAGAUGGUGGGUCCAAUCCUGGAGAUGACGCUGGUCCCUGAGAUUGAGCUGCGGAAAGCCACCAUUCCCAUCUUCUUCGACAUGAUGCAGUGCGAGUUCCACUAUACCCGGAGCUUCCAAAAGUUUGAGAACGAGAUCAUCACCAAGCUGGAUCACGAGGUGGAAGGGGGCCGCGGAGACGAGCAGUACAAGGUCCUCUUUCAGAAGAUCCUGCUGGAGCACUGCAGGAAACACAAGUACCUGGCCAAGAACGGAGAGAACUUCGUCACCCUGGUGGUCAGUCUGCUGGAAAGGCUGCUGGACUACAGGACCAUCAUGCACGACGAGAACAAGGAGAACCGCAUGAGCUGCACUGUCAACGUACUGAACUUCUACAAGGAGAUUGAGAGGGAAGAGAUGUACAUCAGGUACCUGUACAAGUUGUGUGACCUGCACAAGGAGUGUGACAACUACACGGAGGCUGCUUACACACUCCUCCUGCACGCCAAGCUGCUCAAGUGGUCUGAAGAGGCCUGCGCAGCCCAUCUGACCCAGAGAGAAGGCUACCAGGCAGCUACGCAAGGACAACUGAAGGAUCAGCUCUACCAGGAAAUUAUCAAUUACUUUGACAAGGGCAAGAUGUGGGAAGAGGCCAUUAUACUGGGGAAGGAACUGGCAGAGCAGUAUGAGAACGAGAUGUUCGACUUCGAGCAGCUGAGCGCAUCGUUACGCAAGCAGGCCCAGUUCUACGAGAACAUCGUGAAGGUGAUCAGGCCAAAACCGGACUACUUCACUGUGGGCUACUACGGCCUGGGCUUCCCCUCCUUCAUCAGGAACAAGAUGUUCAUCUACAGGGGGAAGGAGUACGAGCGCAGGGAAGACUUUGAGGCCAGGCUGCUCACCCAGUUCCCCAACGCGGAGAAAAUGAAGACCACCACCCCACCCAGCGAGGAUAUAAAGAACUCCUCUGGACAGUAUAUUCAGUGUUUUACAGUGAAGCCAAUCCUGGAACUUCCACCAAAGUUCCAGAACAAGCCGGUGUCGGAGCAAAUUGUGAGCUUUUACACGAUUAAUGAAGUCCACAAAUUCCAGUAUUCCAGACCAGUUAGGAAGGGCGAGAAGGACCCAGACAAUGAAUUUUCGAACAUGUGGAUCGAGAGGACCACUUACGCAACCGCCUACAAGCUGCCAGGGAUACUACGGUGGUUUGAAGUCGUAUCGGUCUCGACGGUGGAAAUCAGCCCACUAGAGAACGCCAUGGAGACCAUGCAGCUGACCAAUGAGAAAAUCAACAACAUGGUCCAGCGACACCUGAAUGACCCCAACCUUCCCAUCAACCCCCUCUCCAUGCUGUUGAAUGGCAUUGUGGAUCCAGCUGUAAUGGGUGGCUUUACCAACUAUGAGAAGGCCUUCUUUACUGAGAAGUAUUCACAGGAUCACCCUGAGGACCACGACAAAAUUGAAAAGCUGAAGGACCUGAUCGCCUGGCAGAUUCCAUACCUGGCGGAGGGUGUGCGUAUCCAUGGGGACAAGGUGACAGAGGCGUUGAGGCCCUUCCACGAGAGGUUGGAGGCCUGCUUCAAGCAGCUGCGCGAGAAGGUGGAGAAGCAGUAUGGAGCCAAGACCCUGCCGGGGGCGGACGAGAGACGUGGUAUCCGCCCUCGCUCCAUGGUGCGCUCCUUCACCAUGCCCUCCUCCCAGAGACCCCUCUCCGUGGCCUCCGUCACCUCCAUCUCCUCCGACAACUCGCCCUCCAGACCGGGCUCCGAUGGCUUUGCACUGGAGCCUCUCCUGCCAAAGAAGCUGCAUUGUAAAUCUCAGGACAAGCUGGACCGCGAGGAGCCCGAGCGCGAGAAGAAGGAAAAGAAGAAGGAGAAGAGGAACAGCAAGCACCAGGAGAUCUUCGACAAGGAGCUGAAGGCCACCGAGUUCGCCCUGCAGCCUGCGGAGGCUGUCAUUCUGUCAGAGACGAUCAGCCCCCUCAGGCCCCAAAGACCAAAGAGUCAGGUGAUCAACCUGCUGACAGGAGACCGCCGGCUCUCCGUGUCUCCUGGGCCCCCCGCGUCCUCUCCAGCACCCCCGCCCGUCACCCCCCGGGCCAAGCUGUCCUUCAGCCUGCACACAGGCUCCAAUGUGGAGCUGAAUGGCAUGGGCUGCCAGGAGAAAGGUGAAACCCCGCCCCCUCUGCCCCUCAAAGUCAACACAUCCGAUUACGGGAACCUGGUGGACAAUAAUCAAGACCUGGCGACUCCGACUACUCCUCCCCCGCCUCCUCCACAUCAAAGGCACCUUCCACCGCCAUUGCCCAGCAAGACUCCACCCCCACCUCCACCGAAGACAACGAGGAAGCAGACGUCCAUCGAUUCGGGAAUCGUACAAUGAACAAAGACAAGCACACAAUGCACAAACCCCCCUUCCCCCCACUCCAGCUCCCUCGAAAGUCAGAGCUGUGAUAUUUUAUUUCUGCAAUUCUCCCCCCCUCACAGCUUGACAAGAUGAAUACCUCAUUCAGGCCUACUCAAAUUCUUCUUGUUCCUUUUUAUUUUUUUCUCCUUUCGGUGCGAUGAUGCUGCCAGCCGAAGGGAAUCUCUUCUAGCACAGAAUAUGAAUCAGGUCUCCAACUGCUGAAUCUUUCCCACAAAAACUCCAAACAUACAGUGCAAAUGCAGUGUAAAAGGAGUUACCUGACUGUUCAUAUACACUGACCAAGAAGCUAAUGAACAGUACAGACAAGGAGUUGAUUGCUUUUGACUGAAUCAUAUUUGAAUGCUCAUUUUUAGCUUAUGUUCUCCCCAAAUGCCCAGUAUGUACAGAGGUUUGUAUAUAUGAUUUUAUGACCUUUUUGAACAGCGAAUUUUAUGAUUUUUUUUUUGUAUUAACACGGCAUUAGAUUAACUGGCAAACGUAUUCCUAAAAGGGCUUCUAGUGUUCUAAAUGACAGGGAUUGUAAAGAACUGGUAUACAAGUGCCUUUACGAUGGAUUCUUAUUUAAUAAUGGGUUUUUGGAGUGUAUACAACUAACUCCUUUCGUAUUGUUACUGUAUAGGACUUGUAAUACAUUGCUGUAACCAUGGACUUCAAUAAUAUUGACCAUUCCAAAUUCACUACUGACUUCUGAAUAAACUUUUAAAUUGUA